AUGGCGGCCUCUAUUACAUCUAUUUUAUUACUAUUUGUGACUUCUCUUAUGAAUGAGGGAACACGUUUUGUUUGUGGUAUUGAUGAAGGUGACUUUGAUUAUGAUGCCCUUCCUGGAACGACACACGAAUUCAAGAUAGAAGUUAAAGCUGGAGAGGAGGACUGUUUUGCCCAGAUGGUGGCGCUGGGAGCAGUGUUUCACGUGCAAUAUGAGAAAUAUGGUUCUGAGGGGCAGACAGUAACUAUUCGAAUGAUAGCGAUUGACCCGAGCUUAAAGACAAUUCAGAUCGAAGAUCCCAAAUCAGAGGGCUUCAUCAGCCACAAGGCGACGAUGGAGGGGUACCACCACGUCUGUAUGGACAACACACACUCCAGGUUUUCGGGAAAGAUCGUGUACAUCUAUAUUGUAACUUAUAUAAUGGAAGAAUGGGCAAAAUAUAUGGAAGAAAUCCAGAGUAUCAGCCUCACCGCACAAAACUUUUCCAGAACACUGACUGAUGUGCAGACCUCAAUAGACAUUGUCAGGUUCCACCAAUCAGAAAGCCGUAUGCACGUGGUGCGGGACUGGUAUUUAGCAAUAGGAAAUAACAAACACAUCAUGUACUGGUCCAUAUUCCAGAUCAGCGUCAUCAUCAUGACGUCAGUAUUUCAGAUUUUCUGUCUCCGGAGAUUAUUCCGCACUACAGCAGUGACACCGUCACAAAAACCUAGAGCCUAG